UCCAAAAUUUUUCACUACGCGGCAGCAGGCAUUUGCCAUUUCCCGGUCUCUUUAGAGAGUGGAUCCCAGUGAAAAACUCCGUCAAAGUAGAGAAAAUUCAAAAGAAAAAAAACACUUCCCGCAAUUUUUUUUUUUUUGGUUUAAAUGAGCUUUUGAUAUGUUGACCUCCUCUGGUUUCAUGGUUUUGACCGAUUAACGAGCUCCCAAUAUAAUCGUUCAUUUCAAGAUUCAGUUCGUCGAUCACUCAGUAAAGAUGAAGCCAAUAAAGGGGCUGAGAUGGAACUGUCACCUAGGUAGUCAGCACCAAAGUUCUAAAUCCAGUUCUUGACUCUACAGCGAGACUUCUUGCAAGCUAUGAGCGACAGUAUAGAGCAAUCUCAUUCAAAUGGGUGUGAGAAGCCCUUCCCAUCUGAAGAGCAGCAAGCUAAGAUUCAUGAGGUGAGGAGGUUGCUGGGACCAUUGUCUGAUAGGUCAUCUAUUUAUUGCUCUGAUGCAUCAAUCUCAAGAUAUUUAAUGGCACGGAAUUGGAAUAUCAAGAAGGCAACUAAAAUGUUAAAAGAAACAUUAAAAUGGAGAGCAGAAUACAAACCAGAAGAGAUUCACUGGGAUGAGGUUGCUCAUGAAGCGGAGACUGGGAAAAUCUACAGAUCAAAUUAUGUUGACAAAUAUGGGAGAACAGUUCUUGUCAUGAGACCUGCUUGCCAGAAUUCAAAGUCAACUAAAGGACAAAUUAGGUAUUUGGUGUACUGCAUGGAGAAUGCUAUCUCAAAUCUACCACCAGACCAGGAACAGAUGGUCUGGCUAAUUGAUUUCCAAGGUUUCAAUUUGUCACAUAUUUCAGUGAAGGUAACACGGGAAACAGCCCAUGUUUUACAAGACCGUUAUCCAGAACGCCUUGGUCUGGCAAUACUGUACAACCCACCCAAGUUCUUUGAACCAUUUUGGACGGUGGUGAAACCCUUUCUAGAGCCUAAGACUCAGAAUAAAGUCAAAUUUGUUUACUCAGAUGAUGCCAACACUAAGAAAAUGGUGGAGGAAUUAUUUGAUAUGGAUCAGUUGGAGUCUGCAUUUGGUGGAAAUAAUACCUCUGGUUUCAACAUCAAUAAAUAUGCGGAGAGGAUGAGGGAAGAUGACAAGAGAAUGCCUGCAUUUUCAACAAAACGAAAAGAAAUUCCUCCCCCAGUGGACCCCCAACCUGCUCUGACAUUGGCCACUGCCAGUUCUCUCGAUUUAAUCUCAGAUUCUGAUACUUGUGACAAUGAGAAAAUAGUUGCUUCCCCGUCUGAUGAAAUAAGGUCUGAAGCUGUGCCCCCAAAUGAAACUCUUGUGGUUACUGAGGGAAGCAAGACUAUUGCGGGAGAAGUACAUUAGGAUGAAGAUGGAACAGCAUAUGGUGACCAUUGAUGCUUGAUAUUUUGGGUAGAAUGACAAAACAAUGAAACUUCUCCUCUCAACUAGUAUCUUAGUGUUGUGGACAUUAAAUGCAUGAAUUUUAAUCAAGUUUAUCCGAAGGAGUUAUCUGCUUCUUUAUCAA